CAUUAAAAUUUGUUAUAAUCAUAUAUAUAUUAUAGUAGAUAUAUAUUUAAUAAAACUUCGAUAAUCGAAAAAAACACACGUUGAAAUACAAUGCUGGCAAGAGUUUAAUGUGGACCUUCUUAAUUAUGCAAUUAUUCUUUCAUUUCAUGUUGGCAGAAGGCAUUAAAUUUUCUUCAACUUUAACAAAUAAACGAGAAAAAAAAGAAUGUCUGCAAAAAAAAUUUUAAAAUUCCUCUCAAAGAUACCAUUUAUUUGAUACUAGUUGUAUUAAUUAUUACUCAGUUUCUAGAUUGUGUGCGCUAUAUGUUUCAAUUAACAUUAUGCAUAUUAAAACCGGAUAUUGUUCGCAUACCUCAUUUGUUUAAUGAUAUAAUUCAUUUACUUUUACAACGUCAAUUUUUAUUUGUUAGAUCAAAACGUUUACAUUUGACAAAAGAGCAAGCAUGUGAAUUUUAUAAAGAACAUCAAACAAAAUUUUUCUACAAUCGACUUGUUUAUUACAUGCAAAGUGGCCCAAUAUCGUGUCAUAUAAUUGGACGAGAAAAUGCUAUUCAAGAAUGGCGUUCACUACUUGGCCCGACAAAAGUUUUUAAAACAAUAUUUGAAGCUGGAAACACAUUACGUGGUCAGUAUGGAAUAACAGAUACAAGAAAUGUUGGACAUGGUUCUGAUUCAAUUGAAACAGCUAAACGUGAAAUUGAAUUCUUCUUUCCUGAAUUCAAUAUUGAUCAAUAUCAACAAUGGGAAAAAUGUUAUACACAAUUAAAUAAAUUGAAAUUUAAUUAUGAAACACUUGAACAUGAUUGUAUAUAA